AUGUCCGAUAGUCCAUUGUCAAUUGCUGCUAGUAUCACAGGAUUGCUUACCUUUGUUGCAGCUGUCAUUGCUGGCUUCUAUGCACAUGCUCUCGGUCUUCGUGAUGCCGUUGAUACACAAGCCGAAAUAUCUAGUGCAUUAGAUAAAAUAUAUCUUCUCGAAACGGAGACUGAUAUGUUGAAUAAUGCAUAUUUAGCUUCACUCAUUCGUCAACCAGAUCGAAAAUAUGGUACUGGUGAUUUCAAGUAUUUUCAGGGACUUUAUGUCCAAUCAUUAGAACGAAUGAGAGUCAUGGACAGAGAGUUAAGGACGAGUGCCGAGUUGGUAACAAAAGGUGAUGGAUAUGGUAGGAUGUCCAGAGUAAAAAGAAAGGCUACUUGGAUGGCAUCGAGAGCUCGUAUCCAAAGAGAUAUUGAUGAGAGGAAAACCGAGAGCAUAAGGAUCUUUCAAAUCCAACUUGCCACGUUAUCAGCGAAAAUUGAUGAGCUAUCUUAUCAUCAAAACAAUCAUAACGCCACCUGCAAUGUCAUGCUGAACGGUAUGGGCGACUUGUCAAAUGGCAUGAUGAUACUACCUCCAACACCACCAUCCCCUACACUUUCUACUUCCUUUCAUGAUCGACCAAAGAUCAAUAAUCAUGCAGAAAUCUCAGCCACGCCAAGUCAAUACCACACGCCAUCAAAAACGGUGAAGGAUAAUAAAGUUAGCAUUGAUGAUCUCAAAGAUGGCAGCAGCGUAUCCGGGCAACUGAAAAGUUCGAUCCUGAAGGAAACUCUACGGUCAAUGGAAUUAUCAUCACAAUGUACCGUCGAUACUCAAAAGAAUACCGCUGAUGGAUCCGCGAUGGGAAUAUCUGGGACCAAAACGCCCACGGGACCACCCCGAAAAACCAGCAUCUCAAGCAAAAGGAAGUCUUGGUAUAGUCUAUCAAGUAGAAAGUCGGAAGACUGUGGACCUAUCGCUGUCGUACAGACCAGCCUUUGCAAUCGAACGGAAAGCCUUAAAGAUCGAAAAACAACCUCUCCACACGCAACUAAACAACCUCUACCUCUACUCAACACCCACAAAAACGCUUCCAACAACCCUAUCACAAUCAUCGUCACAUCCCCAACCCCAGAUACCAACAUUCAACCAGACUCUUGCUCGAUAUCUAGUACAUCAUCACAUUCCUCAUCCCUCUCCUUAAAAUCUACCUCCAGCUUCGACCCCUCCCUUCUCAUGCCCCCUUUUCCACCAACUCCUCUGAAAUAUGACAUCCCCAAAUCCAACGAAGCGCCCGAGGUGAAAAAAUGGCUCAUCGGCUGUAUGAAUCGAAAAGCUGAUACGCUCCCUCGCAAACUCGUUUUUCGAAUGAUGGAAAUUUAUGGGAUUCAAAAAGAAGAGUUGGACCCGACGAUGUGGGCAAAGCUUCAGGAAGGAGUUGUAGAUGAGGGGGUGGUAUUGAGUGUUGAUGCUGAUGCUGAUGUUGAGGAUAAGGAUAAGAAUAAAGGCAAUGGGAAUAGUGAGGGGGGGAAAGAGGAGCCAGAGAAGGAAAAGAAAAAGGAGGAAUCUAAUAGUGUCGAUGCAUUUCAGAGCCCAAGGAUUUCAUUCUAUUCUCGAGGAAAGCGGGGACGAAAAGAUAUCCCCUCCGAGCAUCCCAAUAACACAAUUCUCACGAAACGACAUACCUACCCUAACUCCAACUCCAAAUCAAAUAAUAACAAAAAUCACACCAUCACCACCAUCAAAAGCCCAAACCCAAACCCAAACAGGCCAAACCCACAAUCCCCACCCACCAAAACCUCAACAACAAAUCCAAGAGUCUGGCAAAACCCCUCAUCGCGCGCUCGGAAUUGGCCUACCACAAUCCCUAAUAAUAAUAACAUGAUGAACAUGCACCACAACGCUGCAUUUUCUUUCCCUCCUUACGCACAUACAAAUGCCAAUCCACAUACGAAAUCAAGACCUAGUACGCAGCAUGGGAAACACAAUAGGUAUGGCAAUGGAAAUGGGUAUGGGAAAAUGACGAAGAAGAAGAGGGGAGUUUGUCCGCCGUGUUCGAGGAGGGGAUCGAUGGUUUCGUUGGGGAGGAUUCCCGAACAUGAGGAGGAGUUUGGGGGAGGGGAGGGGAAGUGA